CUUUGAAAACAAAAAACAACAAACAUUUGAACCUUUGUAGGUUAUGUGAAUUAUAAUCAAAAAUUUCCCUGUUUUUAACAUUUUAACAGAUUUUGCUUAGAAAAGAAAAAUGGGUUUUAGAAGAAUUAUCACAUUCAGGACCCUAAAUCAAAUUCGUCAUUAUUGCAGCAAUAAAGGAGCAAACCAAGGAGCAAACAAAGGGGCUGAGCCACAAAAUCCUAAAGGAAGUGGCAAGAAGCCAUUAGUUCAGGAAACAUUCAGCAGAGAAGGCGAUAAUGGCACCUCUAAAACCAUUAUGGGGGCAUUGUUGCCCAAGGAUGAUCACAUUUUUCACGCUAUAGGAGCUACAGAAGAACUUCUUAGUUAUAUUGGUUUAGCCAGGGAACACGCAAACCAAUCUGACCACGAAUAUGUUGACAAACUGAAAAGAAUUCAAACCAUAAUUAUUGAUAUUAGUACUGCUAUCUCUCGAAACAAAAAAAUCACAAUUCCGCCUGUGUAUACCAAAGAACUAGAAGACUGGAUCGCCGAAUAUUCGGAACAAUUGCCUCCUCCAGAAAAAUACAUUAUACCUAGUGGCGGAGUAGCAAGUGCAUCCCUCCACGUGGCUAGAUCUAUUUGUAGAAGAACUGAGCGUGUUGUCUGUCCACUUGUUAGAGAACAGAAACUCGAUAAAGAAGCGUUAAUAUACCUAAACCGCUUGUCUGAUUUGUUAAUGACAUUGUCCAGAAUGGCUGCUAAAUAUGAUCAAAGAACAGAGAGCAUUUAUAUUCCGAAACCAGAUGAAAAAGUACAAGAGCAGUAA